CCUGACGUCACUGGCCGAGGGGGGGCAGGCGGCUGGAGGAGGGGGUGACGGGGCCCGGCUCAGCACCUCGGAGAGCUCCCUCCCCGGCCUUGUUUUGCUCUGGCAUCGCCGCCUGGGGAGGGAGCGAGGGGGCCGGGCACCGGGCGCAAAGGCAGGGGGAUGGCCAUGGAAGGGUUGAGGGGCCCCAGCGGACAGAGGGCCCAGCCGUGAUCCAGCGACUGGUUUGGGGCUCCAGGAGGGGUGGGGGGCAGCGGGCGGCGGCAGCAGUGGCCGCACCUCUGGAUGGAAGCGAGCUUUGUCCAGACCACCAUGGCUCUGGGGCUGUCCUCCAAGAAAGCGUCCUCUCGCAACGUGGCUGUGGAGCGUAAGAACCUGAUCACCGUGUGCAGGUUCUCUGUGAAAACGCUGCUGGAGAAGUACACAGCAGAGCCCAUCGAUGACUCAUCAGAGGAGUUUGUCAAUUUUGCAGCCAUUUUAGAGCAGAUCCUCAGCCACCGCUUCAAAGCCUGUGCCCCAGCAGGUCCAGUGAGCUGGUUCAGCUCAGAUGGGCAGCGGGGCUUCUGGGACUAUAUCCGGCUGGCCUGCAGCAAAGUGCCCAACAACUGUGUGAGCAGCAUCGAGAACAUGGAGAACAUCAGCACAGCCCGGGCCAAGGGCCGGGCAUGGAUCCGGGUGGCACUGAUGGAGAAGCGCAUGUCAGAAUACAUCACCACGGCUCUGCGUGACACCCGGACCACCAGACGGUUCUAUGACUCUGGAGCCAUCAUGCUGCGGGACGAAGCCACCAUCCUCACCGGAAUGCUGAUCGGACUGAGCGCCAUCGAUUUCAGCUUCUGUCUAAAGGGGGAAGUCCUGGACGGGAAGACCCCUGUGGUCAUCGAUUACACGCCGUACCUAAAGUUCACGCAGAGCUACGACUACCUGACGGACGAGGAGGAGCGGCACAGCGCCGAGAGCAGCACGAGCGAGGACAACUCGCCCGAGCACCCGUACCUGCCGCUCGUCACCGACGAAGACAGCUGGUACAGCAAGUGGCACAAGAUGGAGCAGAAGUUCCGCAUCGUCUACGCGCAGAAGGGCUACCUGGAGGAGCUGGUGCGUCUGCGCGAGUCGCAGCUGAAGGACCUGGAGGCGGAGAACCGGCGGCUGCAGCUGCAGCUGGAGGAGGCGGCGGCGCAGAACCAGCGCGAGAAACGGGAGCUGGAAGGCGUGAUCCUGGAGCUGCAGGAGCAGCUGACAGGUCUGAUCCCCAGUGACCACGCCCCUCUGGCCCAGGGUUCCAAGGAGCUCACUACACCCCUGGUCAACCAAUGGCCCUCACUGGGAACGCUUAAUGGGGCCGAGGGCGCCAGCAACGCCAAGCUCUACCGGAGACACAGCUUCAUGAGCACGGAGCCGCUGUCAGCUGAAGCCAGUCUCAGCUCGGACUCCCAGCGCCUGGGAGAGGGCACGCGGGACGAGGAGCCCUGGGGUCCCAUCGGGAAGGACCCCACGCCCUCCAUGCUGGGCCUCUGCGGCUCCCUGGCCUCCAUUCCCAGCUGCAAGUCCCUGGCGAGCUUCAAAUCCAACGAGUGCCUGGUGAGCGACAGUCCCGAGGGCAGCCCGGCACUGAGCCCCAGCUGAGGAACAGCAUGGGCAGUGCCAGCCCCACCUGCCAGGGGCCAUGGACACCUGCCACCUUUCUUCAACAAGAGUCCCCCAAUCCAGGCUACCCUUCCAGAGAACGCUAUCCAUCGAGCCAGGGUUCUCGGGGAAGAUCUCUGCUCACCUUAGCUUUCUGCCUUGGCAGCACGGGCCGUGGAGGAAAGCAGGCUGGGCCAGGAGGCAAGGGUGCCCAAGCCACAGGGAGCCCCUGGGGAAGCCUGCUCCAUUCUUCUGGUGACCUUGGCGCUCCUUCACUCAUCUCCCCUGCCGCCUCAGGAGCUGGUAGCCCAGCUUCCACACCCCCACCUCCCAGUCUCUAGCCUCUCCAUCUGUCUGUGUACGCCCUGGAGUCACUCCUUCCCCAGCCCCCAGAGCAAGAGAGCUCUGCGGGGGAUCAGGCAAAUAAAAACCAGAGGACUGA